AUGAGCAAUCCCGUCAACACGGAACCGUCCAAGGAUACAGUAACCGCUAGUACAAGUGAACAGGUACCCACUCCAGAAGGGUCCUCUUCUGCCGGUAGGACAGAGGACGACAAGCUGCUAAAGGAGACGGUUCUAUUAAGAGACACUCUCGACCUUCUAUGGAACAAGACCUUGGAGCAACGCAAGAUCUGCGAUAAUCUGGAACAACAGAAUACCUAUCUGCAAGGGUAUAUCAACAAUCUAAUGAGUUCGAGUAACGUCCUUGAGAAAUGA